GCAUAGGCUCACACGAUGGGCACGGAGCACAGACGAGAGCAAAAAUGAAUUUUAAUUAACUUCAGUCGAAAAAAAAGUUUAAAAUUGAAAGUCUGAAAUUUAUUCUUUUGCUGCUCAAUUUUCACUGCCGAAUUAAUUGAUUACAAAACCAUUUUGCGAGGCAGGCAUACGCAAAAUAUAAACAUGACCGAUGAGGAGAAAGGUUUGGAAACUUCCAUCGACGUUUUGAUCAUUUCAUCCGAUGAUAGCAUUGUCGAAACUGAAGAAGCUGAGAGUCCUCAAGAUGAAAAUUUUCGAUGCUCCGAUCAUGCAGAACGUAGUCUGCAAAGAAUGGAAAAUUGCCUGCAAAACCAACAGCUCACAGAUGUCGUCCUUUGCGUCGGUGAACGGCGAAUUUCUGCUCAUCGGUUGGUGCUCAGUGCUUGCAGCGAAUAUUUUGCUGCAAUGUUUUCCAGUGGACUAAGGGAGUCCUUCCAGACUGAAAUCGAACUGCAAGACAUCGACCCUGACUGUCUCCAAGAGUUGGUGCACUACUGCUAUACAGGCUGCUUGGAUCUCAAGGAGGAAACGGUUGAAUUGAUGCUUGCAACUUCCAGUCUCCUCCAAAUUCCUCAAGUCACAGAUGCCUGCAGCAAAUUCCUGGAGAAACGACUGCACCCAUCUAACUGCAUCGGAAUCGCUCUUUUUGCUGAUACACAAAACUGCCCUUGUUUGCUGGAAAAGGCUCACAACUUUACCACCGAGCACUUCAUGGAAGUCAUCGGCAACCAAGAGUUUCUACAACUGGAUGCCAACUCUUUUGCUAAACUGCUAGCUUCGUACGAACUGAAUGUGCCAAAUGAGGAGGAUGUCGUCAACGCAUUGAUCACUUGGGCCAAAUUUGCACCUGAAACAAGGCAGGAAAAUAUUUCAAAAUUACUGGAGAAUGUCAAGCUCUCUUUGCUCUCACCCUCUUUUAUUGUGGACCAUAUUGAGAGUGAACCACUCUUUUCUCACGACCCUAAGUGCAACGAACUGAUCAUGGAAGCUAUGAAAUAUCACUUACUGCCUGAACGAAGGUCCAUUUCCUCGGCUCGCUCAAGACCUAGAAAGUCGACUGUUGGCAAACUUUGUGCUGUUGGAGGCAUCGAUGCAAGCAAAGGAGCAAAUUCAAUUGAGCUUUACGACCUUCGAGCCAACAAGUGGAGCCCUUUUGCCAACAUGUCCGGUCAACGCCUGCAGUUUGGGGUGGCUCAAUUGGGAGACAAGAUUUUGGUUGUGGGAGGACGAGACGGUCUCAAGACCAUGAGCAUUGUGGAGAGCUUUGAUUUUGUCACCAAAACUUGGAGUUCUCUGCCUAACAUGGCUACUCCGAGGCAUGGUCUUGGAGUUGGAGUUUUGGGUGGGCCUUUGUAUGCUGUUGGGGGUCACGAUGGUUGGAGCUACUUGAAUUCCGUCGAGCGCUGGGACCCCCAAACCAAAGACUGGAACUAUGUCGCCCCCAUGACCUCCCAGAGGUCAACUGUUGGUGUGGCAGUCUUAGGAGACAGACUUUAUGCUGUUGGCGGCCGAGACGGGAGUGUUUGUCUGCAAUCAGUGGAGUGUUACGACCCGUACACAAACAAGUGGAUCCCAUGUGCCCCCAUGGCCAAGCAGAGGGGUGGUGCUGGGGUGGUCGCCAUGAACGGCUGCCUCUACGUGUGCGGGGGCCAUGCGGCCCCAGCUUCCUACCCGUCAGUUGCUCGACUCGAGUGUUGUGAAAGAUAUGACCCCAAAACUGACAGCUGGUCUCCUGUGGCGCCCAUGAGUGUCGGCAGAGAUGGGGUUGGGGUUUGCGUGCUGGGCGACAAGUUGAUGGCUGUCGGAGGCUACGAUGGGACGCAGUACCUAGACCUGGUUGAGGCCUACGACCCACUCGCCAACACCUGGAGUCUGAUGGCUCCCAUGAAUAUGAAGAGGGCUAGCACAUGCACAAUUGUGAUUUAGCGUGCGAAGAAAGCAACAGACUAUAAAUACGAAAACGUCACUUUUUAAACAUUCCGAUUUUACUAACUGCUUUUUUACGAUGAAUUAUUAAGCGUAACUGGAAUUUUCUGUGAUUUUUAAGAUACCACUUAAGUUUAAAAAGAUCUCUUCUUGGUGCAGCUACUCUACUAAGUAAUUGAAUUAAAAUUACAACUAGAUGUAUACAUUAAUGUAUUAACAGUUUCAGCUAUAAGUAGCAAUCCAUUUUGAAACGUCAAUUUAGACCAACUGCCGAAACAAAAAUGUACAAAAUUGUCAGAAUCUUAUGAUAACAAUUUUAACUGUUGUAGUGUAGUUCAAAUUUUCCAACUUUCCUUACUUGAAACUUAAAUAUUGCUCUGAAAAGUCACUUUAGACUGGAAGUUUUCAAGGAGCAUCUUCUCAUACAUUUUUGUAUUAUCUAAUUUUAUUAGAUCGCAGAAAAAUAAAUAUGCAUUAUACGUGAUAUGUAUUAAUAAUACUCGAUAACAUUUAAAGGCAAUUCAGCCUCUUGUUAGUUGCAAUUGUUUAUUCAAAUUUCUCCUGCGAAUUUUUUAAUUUUAAAUAUAAGAGAUACGAAGAAGUUCUUUUUAUUGCAAAAAUUAAUCAGAUUUUUUUGCUA